UGUGGUCAUGAUGGGCGGGAUUGAGGAAGUUCGGAGUUUUAUACCACUGUCAUUUAGGCUACAGUUAAGGUAGGCUACUGUAGGCUACUUUUACCGUAAGGAAAUCGUGUUUGACACAAGCCUGUCAUUGAGAACUGUUAUAAAUUAGUGGGCUACAUUUGAUUACAUUAAAUAUAUAUAUAGCCUACGGCCUGGGUUGAUGUAGGCUAUAUGGAGGACGACUCGAUCCCAGUCCAACACAGUCAAGACACCAUCGUCUACAGUGAACAACAACAUACGGAUUAUGACGAAAAUGCUGAUUUUAGCGACGACGACUGCGUUUUUUGUAUGAUCGUCAACGGCAUGAAUGAAGGCACAGAAAUUCUUAAAAAGGAUGCAGAACUUGUCUGUUUUCGAGACAUUUUGCCUGCUGCUCCGCAUCACUACCUGGUCGUGACGAGACGUCACAUUGUCAGCUGUCGCUCUCUCUGCACCGAGGAGCACGUGGAUCUCGUAAAGAGAAUGGCUGAGAUGGGCAGGCGUGUUCUGAAGGACAACAAUGUCACCAACAGGGAGGACGUCAGGAUGGGAUUCCACUGGCCUCCCUACAUCUCCAUCCCUCACCUCCACCUCCACGUUCUGGCACCAGCCAGCCAGAUAUCUGACUACAUGGCCCACAAGUUCUUGCCCCACACAGACAGGUUUAUCACGGAGGACUGUCUUCGUGCCAGACUGAAAUCUGAUCUUGGGGUUGUCCAGCAUCACAGGACCUGCCAAACAUGGUAUUGUUGUUGAGAAUAAUGUUGUUGAAACAGAGGAGAUAUAAUAUAGCUUUAAAUACAGGGGGUCAGAUGGAUGAGCGGUUACAGAAUUGGGCUAUUAAUCAGAAGGUUGCCGGUUUGAUUCCCGGCCAUGACAAAUGACGUUGUGUCCUUGGGCAAGGCACUUCACCCUACUUGCCUCGGGGAGAAUGUUGCUGUGCUUACUGUAAGUUGCUCUGGAUAAGAGCGUCUGCUAAAUGACUGAAUGUAAUGUAAUGUUAAUAGCUUAACAGCUGAAUAGCUUAACCACAGUUUUCUUUUAUAAUUGUUUUUGGUCUUGGGGGAUGGGUAUAUCUCAGUGGUAGAGCAUUUGACUGCAGAUCAAACAGUUAUAGGUUCAAAUCCCCCUGUACAUGUUGUGUUAAACCAGCCAAUGGUAAUACGUCAGCUCUAAUGUACUUCCUGGCUUGAUGUCAUAGUUCUAUCCUAAAUUGAUAUGUUAUAUGUUUUAUCCUGAUUUGAUAUGUCAUAUGUUUCUUUUCUGGACAGUGAUCCUACCUCAGGGAGACUUAACCAUGAAAUCAAGUUAGAGUUGUUCAGCCAUUUAUAAGGACUGUCCAGCUGUCACCGAGGGCUUUAUAUCACUGACUUUCUCUUUCUCUGGGCUAGUUUCUCACUUUUAAAUAAUACAAUUUGUUAUUUGUACAAUUGUUUUUACUUUGAUUAAAACACAAGAGCAUUUCAAAGAUUAAUGUUCUGCUUAAAAGGUCGAAUUAUCUUUGUCCAAAUAUUACAUGUUUGCUUGUCUUUUGUCGUAUGGGUGUGUGUCAUUAAAAAAGGUUCACUAAUUUAUUUCACUCAUAUUAUGACCUUGGGUUCCUUCUCUCAUGGAAUCCUGAUGACAUUAUUUUUUAGAACCCUUGGUGCU